UCUAGACAAAAUGUUGCCUGUUUUGUCGCGUGCUGCCUCGUACAUAAGAGCCGCGGGUACUUAGACUCCGUAUUUUGAUCUUUGAUAUUGCACAAGUAUUCGUCUUGUCCAAUAGUAAACAUUAAUCUUCAAAGAGCUCUCUUAGAUAAGUCCAGUUCUCGAAAUCGAGGCUUUAAUUAAAUCAAAACUCAAGUAUUAAGAUACUUGAUAUCGACUUCAUAAAUUCAUAGUUAUGAUAGGCCUAUCGUUUUUUUUUUGACUGGAACAGAUUCAUCUCCCAAUAUUUAAUAAUUCAAAUUCCAUUCUUGACACAGAAAAUUUCUCACAGCUGCCACACCUCCAGAAAUGCCUGUAAUUAGAAAUAGAGUAUAAUAGGGCCGUAUUUUAAUCAUUCACCAAACAACCCCACCAAUCAUAAUCCCCAUCGCGUCACGCGUCAGUACGGUGGUUUUUUUUGUUGUAGCACUAAUAUAUCUGCAGUGAGUUUCGCGCAGUGUGUUUUCAUAGUGCACUUAUCGGCAGAGCAGUUUCGUGACACACCAUAAUAUUAGUGGGAGCAGCGCAUCAACGGAGCCGUUGCACGCACCGUAGGUAGUACCAGUUUCAAGCUUAACACGGCAGCUCAUGCGUAGAUAUGUGUUGUACCUUAAACGCGUGGUAACUCCUUCAUCAACGACCGAUCGAAGUCAGCAGGUGCGCAUGCUCCGACCUGACACACCGCGCGACGUACGGCUGCCCCGUUCGGCCGAUGAAGACAUUUGGGUAAACGAAUCUUUGCACGUAUUCACUGAAACAUCGUUUAUUUCUAGUUCUCAAUGAUGUAGGACAGCACACGACACCAGAGGAGACACCGAUAUAGGAUCGACCUAUCCUGAAGGAUAGGCCCAUAGAAUUAGCUUGUUACACUUUUGGUGGAUACGCUGUUAAGAGAGAAAAUUAUUUCGUGGAUCGGCAUUUAUAGACAUGUUCAUAGUGUUUGGGCCGAUUGUGAACUUGACGGACCUGGGACUGCGCGCCAAUCGAAACAAUGGAUCCAACACCUGCUUUGCUUGGAAACCGGCAUCGAUUUCCUCAGCAAAUGUUUACCGCCCUCUGAAUUGAAACCCUCAGAGGGUAAUGUUUAACGUCCUAUAGAUUCGACAUUUUUUUCCGAAAUCAACCUUCAGAAGAAUUUGGAAGCUGAGGGAGCAAUUACAAAGAUGGAUGCAGAAUUUGUCUUAAGAAUUGUCCGGACCAUCGUAGGAUGUCUUGGUAUUCUUGGCAAUGGUCUGGUCUGCUUGGUCAUUGCUAAAGUACCAGUUAUGAGGACCAUAACUAACGCCUUUAUCUUCAAUCAGGCUGUCAUCGACUUUCUGGCCUCAUUGUGUCUGAUCAUUAAAAGCAACUGUUUCCCCACGAUGCCGAGUGAGCCGACACUUGCCGUCUUGUACUGCUACAUUUGGGAGUCCGGCUACUACCUCUGGGUUUUCUUCUUAGCCUCCUCGUUCAACCUCAUGGUGUUGACAUCGGAGCGCUUCGUCGCCAUCGUUUACCCCUUCAAAUAUGUGAAACUCUUCGGUGCGAAACAAGCCGGGAUCAUGAUAGCUGUUGUGUGGGUCACUGCCUUCGGAUACAAGGCCUACUUGUUCGCCACCCGUGAGAUCAGGAACCAGGUGUGUAAAGAGCGAGAUUUUACCGCAAAACAAUUGCUUGGCGUUGCCACGUUUUUAAUCGAGUACUUCAUCCCGCUACUCUUUUUGGGAUUCUGCUACGUUCGGAUCAUACUGUGUCUGAAACAAGGAGCGGCGCGCGUCGCCCAGCAGUCGUCCUCGCCACGGCACGGUGGCGAGUCGCUCCGUGGCUCGCUCGUCCGGGCCAAACGGAACACCAUCAAGACUCUGAUCAUAGUCUUCAUGUCCUUCAUCGUGUGCUGGUCGGCCAACCAGAUCAGCUACCUGAUGAGCAACUUCGGCUGGCCGCUAGAUUUCAAUGGAAACUUUUACAUCAUCUCUGUGUCGCUUGCCGCCUUCAAUUCUUGCGUCAACCCCUUCAUCUACGCCAUCAAGUACAGACAGUUCAAGAAGAGCGCGAGGUCCCUCUUGCUUCCCUGCAUUCCCGCUCGAACAAAUCGCGUGAUGGUGGCGUCGACAUCAUUUAACAUUGCUACAAGGGGACAAAAUGACUCCGAACUUGGAGUAAACGAAUGCGAGUAAAUGUCAACGAUGCGUACAUGUAAAACUGUAGUGUUAAUUUAACACCAUUCGGUAUCUAUAUAGGACAAAACCAGUAAAAAUGUAACACCAGAUGGUCCUAUAAAGAUACAAAGACUGUAAAUUUAACACUGCAGUUUUUGCAGUGUAUAUCAAUGAACUGAGUAACCAAACAAUCCAAAAUCCUUCAAAACCCACAAGUUGUUUUGGAAGAUUUUGCUGGAAUUGUGGAAGGUACAGCUUGGCAACUAUACGCGCGGGGCUCUAUGCCACACGGAAACUGCAAAGAAUUUUUGCAAUGCGUUCCUUCACAGUGGAGGAAUUCAUGAGGUUGCUAGCAAAACUGCUCCUGAAAUUUAGGGUGUGUUGAAAGUGAUGUGCGGACAUUCAAAUUUAGGUAUGGUACAUGGAUUUUUUUCCGAUGAAUCGUGCGUCAAUUAAGCUUCUGAAUCUCGGUGUCGACAUGAUGCAUAUGUUAUUAUAUGUAUACAGGAUUUUUUGGGGUAUAUUUGUAUAAUGUUAGUUCAGAUUUUCUUUUCAAUGUGUAUAUAUCAUCGUUUUUUCAUACCCAGUUGUUUUCACGAAUACCUUGUUUAAAGAAAUGUAUUGGUAGAUAAAUUGGUAUUUAGCUGCAAAUGCUGUUUUUGUUGACAUUGCCUGAUCGAAAUUGAAAAAUGUGAGCAAACAGCCAGGCUGCGACAACUAUAACGUGCAUGAUUUAUAUUUGUAUAGUUAAUAAUAGAACUAUUUCUUCUCAAUGUAAAAUGUCAUCUUUGUACAUACCUAGUUGUUUUCAUGAAAACCUUGUUUAAAGAGGAAAACGGAUAUUGGUAGAUAAAUAUAGCUGCAAUUACUGGUUUUUGUUGUUGACAUUUCCUGGUUGGAAAUUGGAAAAUGUAAGCUUUGAACAAACAGCCAGCUGCUGCGACAUUAGAAUACAAACAAGAAUGUUCUUGGAGAGGUAGAGUACGUUAGGCCUAGUCAUAGUAUUUCACAGAAUUGUUGAUACAGAAAGGGGCCAAAACAUGUGGCGCAUUCUUAAAAUAAGUUGGUAUGUGGCCGGCUCUACAGAAAGAGAACUGUAUCCUUUGGGCAAUUCCGUAAAAUCCAACGCACGUCCAACCACAUGAUCUACAUGUUAUUGUACAAGUUCGUUAAAGGUGGUGGUACGUUAUUAAUUUUGCUCUGUCAUUGUUUUCUUUCUACUUAACAGAUGACGCGUCAUUGGUGAUUAUCACAUUCAUUUUUCCAACAACAGCUCAUUAAAGUGUCUAACUUGUACGUCUGAAUUUACGGAAUGGCCCCUAUUUGGCUAUUAGAAAAAAACUGAUUGAGAAGGCCAUCAAUCCGAUAUUCAGAGAAUUUGGAUAAUUGAUGAUGAUUUCAGAAUAAUAUU